GCGGGUCUAAUGUAGUUUGUCCUCCGCCGUCGUGAGGAGAGGAGAGAGUGCCAGCUGGUGCGGGAGAGGCGCUCAGGGGAGGGGGUAUGAGACCGUGAUUUUCGAGAGUGUAACGACAUUCAACUAAUUCAAAAAGGAGGCUGUUGCUCUGACCGAGCCUCCGUCCCUCCCUUUAAAGUUCUUCAAGGGAGAGGGAUCUGGUGUAUAGAUAAAAAGGGGCACGUCGAUAAAUUUAAAGGGUGCCAUAUACUCUGGAUCCCUAGGACAAAUCGAGUUAUUAUUAUUUAAUAGUAUUGUGUUGAUGAGGAUAACGAAGACGGCGCCUCGCAGUGCAUAGAGCAUCGAAAGACCAUAAUAACUGACGUACGCUUUCGAAAACGACAACAAGCAACAGAAAACGAGAACGGCAAGAAACAUCUGACUGCUACAUUGCGCACGAGUGAUUCAGGAAUUUUUUAUUCAUCAAUUCACAAAAAUGAUGUGAAUAAAGUAAAAAAAAAAAAAAAAAAAAAAAAAACAGAUGGCCAAAGCAGUGUGAUUAUUGUUUAAGAAAUGUGAUAUACAUAUAUUUAUAUUUCUACACAUAUUUCGUAAAUUCAGUGUUCAUAGUUUUCUAUCUGUAAAAAAAACAUAAUAUAAUAUACCCAAAAAUAUAUCAUUAUAAACAACAUAUCAAAAAAGAACAUUAAAAAUGGCACGGUGAAUUUAGAAUGACUGACACGCAAUAAAUGAAAUAAAACAAGUGAAUAGACGAUUGAGAGAAGAAAUAAGGGAAAUUCGUUAGAAAUGGCGGCCUUUGACAGUUGCUGGUGCUGUAGUCUGCGCGCCGGGACGAUCUUCAUUGCCAUCCUCAGCCUGGUGCUGAGUCUCGGUGGCGGUGCCUUGUGCUGCCUCCUGGUGUCAGUCGACAAGCUGACGGAAGUGAUACAGGCGGCCUACAACACAUACCAUGAUCUGCAGAAUCCCAUUAAAGUUUACGGCACAAAUGGUACUGAGACAGGACCUGGAGAGUUAAAUCUGGAAGAUCCUGUGCUAAUGUACAUUGAAUGGGGAGUCAUCGCCACGCUAUUGUUUAUGUUCGUGUGUACAGUCGUGGAUGUACUUCUCAUUGUGGCGGCCAUUAGGGAAGCGCCGUGGAUGAUGGUGCCUUGGAUGGUGGUGCAGUGGGUAACCAUAUUCCUCACUAUCGUUAUCUUCGGUAUAGUGCUCUGGCAGCAACUAGUAGCGAUGCCGAGGUACUGGUGGGCCGUCAUGUUCGUCGUCGCCGUUGUGAUACUGAUGAUCAUGGCGUUCGUGCUCGUCCUGUCGCUGUACCAGAGCGUGAGGGAGCGAGAGAUGCCCGAGUUCUACCAGGGAGCCGAGCUGGUGCACCGCCACAUCUGGCUCUCGCAGAAAGGAAAAUACUACGAAUAAUAUUGCGCCUGCCCCUGGGCCGACCCGGAGAAGCUGCGCGCUGCGGCUCACUCCAGGGUCCAGGGGCACGUCGCUCCCAUGCCAGGCCUCCGCCCCAUCCAGGGCCCUCGGCCGAGCUUCUCCAGGAGUCGGGUUCCUCCCCCGACGAU